AAGGAUUAAUCAUUAAUGAGAUGAUGAAUCCAAAUAUUUAAUGCUUAGAUAGAGCCUCCUGUGGGCUGAAUGACCUUUUAAAAAGGCAGUCAAGCUUGGUGACCAGACUUCAUCAUGGUGGUCCGUGGAUUUCUCAUACAGGAGGGAUUAUUGUUAGCCUACUUCCUCUUUUUCUCUGUAUAUGGACAAACAGGACUGCAUUUCAUGGUGACGUUUCCUGCAGUGAUAGAGUCUGGAUCUGAGGCUACACUGUGUACAAGUCUUCUGAAGCCUAAUGAGACUCUGCAACUGACCGUUUAUCUGGUUCAUGACAACCAGAACAGAACACUUCUACAGGAGAGAGUGAAGGAAGAAUUUCACCGCUGCUCUAAGUUUAAGGCUCCACAGGUUAAAGGUCAGUCAGUUCAGCAGAUCAGAGUAGAAGUCAAAGGUGAAAGUUUUGAGAUGACGGAGAAAAGAAAAGUUAUGUUUAAAUCCUACAACCCACUGACAUUCAUUCAGACUGAUAAACCAAUCUACAACCCCGGCCAAACAGUGAAUUUCAGAGUUGUCACUCUGGAUGCUGAUUUUGUACAACUUGAACAAGUGUACAGCAUACUGACUCUUGAGGAUAAUAAAGGUAACAGGAUCGGUCAGUGGAAAAAUGUGUCCUCACAAGGUCUGAUAGUGCAGCUUUCACACAAGCUGAAUCCUGAGGCUCCUGAGGGCCAGUAUAUACUGAAGGCUAACAUUGGGGAUAGGUCAAUCACACAUCAGUUUAAAGUGAAGAAGUAUGUUUUACCCAGGUUUGAGAUUACACUGAAAGUACCUGAAGAACAGAGUGUUGGUGAGGAGGAACUGAAGAUCGAGGUUUGUGCAAAGUACACUUACGGACAGCCAGUACCUGGUAAAGCUCUGAUGCAAGUUUGCCGGAAAUGUAGAGAUCAUUUUGCUGUGCCAGGUUGCAUUUUACUGUGCCAGGUUGAACCUGUAGAGAUGAAAGAGAACGGAUGUGCCUCUCCUGUAUUCAACAUGUUGCAUUUCAUCAGUUCUGAAUUUGAACGACAUUUGAAAGAUUCUCUUGAUGUUACUGUUAUAGUGACAGAGGAAGGAACAGACAUUUCCAUGGAAAAAUCUGAAUCUAUAAAGGUCACUUAUGUAAUUGGUAAAGUUGAGUUUCUUGAUUUACCCAAAAACUUUGAACGGGACACACUUUUAGAGGGAAAGAUCAGAGUUUCAACCUUCAGUGGAAAACCAAUUCCUAACAAGAAGGUUUAUCUUCUGGAAGGUCAUAGUUGGUCUCCAACACUACUUCAAAAUCUCAUUACAGAUGUUAAUGGAUUGGCCAGCUUCUCAAUUAAUACAGCUGAUCACUCUAAAACACAGAUUUCACUAAUGGCAAGUGUCUAUCCAGACGACCAACACCGUGGACGAAAAAAACCCUUCUUUACAUUCAGUGAAGCACAAAUAGCACUCCUCCAACCUGCUACACCGUACAGUCCAGUGUACAGUGAAUUAUCAGUAGAGAGCUUAAAGGAACCGAUUCCAUGUGGUUCUGAAAUGUCCAUAAACAUUAAGUACUACAUUGUUGGAGAAACCACUAAGAAUUACAGCACUGAUAUUAUUUACAUGGUCAUGUCUAAAGGAGCCAUAGUCCAUCAUGGAUAUGAGAAAGUUGAAGUGAAAGAAUCCAAAAAGCUCAUAGAGGGAAAAGUCUCAUUCAGAUUGUCUGUUGAUGUUGGUCUGGCUCCUGUAGUGCAGAUUCUGGUGUACUGUGUGCUGCCUAGUGGGAACAUCAUCGCUGCUAGCAAGAAUUUUAAUGUGGAGAAAUGCUUCAGAAACAAAGUCUCACUGCAGUUCUCUCCCACUGAGGCAGUUCCUGGUGAGGAAAACACUCUCCAGCUCUCAGCUCAGCCUGGUUCACUGUGUGGACUCAGUGCUGUGGAUCAGAGUGUGUUCAUCAUGGAGCCAGGAAAACGCCUGAAUGCUGAUGAGGUCUUCAAUUUGUUGCCAGUGAAAUUAGUAUCAGAGUAUGUCUCUGAAGUUGAAGAGGAGUGUUAUGACUACCAGGGGACAGAGAAACAUCCUGCUGACAGUGCCUUAAAGAGUGUGGGGAUGAACAUGGCAACUAACUUGGCUAUAAAAGGCACUGGAUGUGUAAAUCCUUAUUACUACGAUUUAGCAUAUGAAGAUCUGAUAUCGGCGACCUAUUAUAGCACAUCGGAGGACUAUGAUUUAGUUGAUUUACGGACGGACAGUUCACGGUCCGAGACAGUUCGCAAAUUCUUCCCAGAAACUUGGUUAUGGCAACUUGUCAAAGUGGGGGACUCUGGAUCAGCACAGGUUCCUGUCACUGUUCCUGACACUAUCACCACUUGGGAGACAGAUGCUUUCUGUCUGUCCUCUGAAGGUCUGGGAGUGGCUCCUCCUGCUCAGCUUCGUGUCUUCCAGCCCUUCUUCCUGGAGCUCUCGCUGCCGUACUCCAUCAUCCGAGGAGAGGAGUUUGAGCUGAAGGCCACUGUCUUCAACUAUCUCUCCAAGUGCAUUAUGGUUAAAGUGACUCCAGCUCCUUCCUCACACUACACUCUGAAAGCCUCCUCUGAUGGAAAGUAUUCAUCCUGUCUGUGUGCCAAUGGUAGAAAGACCUUCAAAUGGACUCUUGUUCCCUCUGUGCUUGGGGUCCUGAAUGUGACGGUCAGUGCUGAGGCAGAACAGUCACAGACUGUGUGUGACAAUAAGAUUGUGAGUGUGCCUGAGAGAGGCCGCAUUGACACAGUCACACGAAGCCUGCUCGUACAGGCUGAAGGAACUGAAAAGACCAAGAGCCAAAAUUGGUUGCUGUGUCCACAGGGAAACAGUGUUUCAGAGGAGCUUGAGCUGGUUGUUCCUGAAGAUGUGAUAGAGGGAUCGGCGCGAGCUUCUGUUUCAGUGCUUGGAGACAUACUGGGCCGUGCACUAAAGAAUAUUGAUGGACUGCUGAAGAUGCCAUAUGGCUGUGGAGAACAAAACGUUGCUAUUCUUUCUCCCAACAUCUACAUUCUUCAGUACCUGGAGAACACUGGACAGCUCACUGCAGCCAUCCGUGAGAGAGCUACUGGUUUCCUUAAGAGCGGAUAUCAGCGGCAACUGAACUACAAGCAUGACGAUGGUGCAUACAGCACAUUUGGCAGCGGAGAGGGGAAUACAUGGUUAACUGCUUUUGUACUGAGGACCUUUGGAAAAGCACAGCGUUACAUCUUUAUUGAUGCACAAAACAUUGACAGCGCAAAGAAAUGGCUGCUGAGUAAGCAGAGACCGGACGGCUGUUUUAUAAGACAAGGAGAACUGUUCAACAACAGAAUGAAGGGUGGUGUAAAUGAUGAUGUGACCAUGACCGCUUACAUCACUGCGUCAUUGCUUGAACUGGGAAACACUGCCAAGGAUCCUGUUGUGAGUAAAGGGUUAUCAUGUUUAAAGGCCUCUACUGGUGACCUAACAAACACCUAUGCCACUGCACUGCUGGCCUACACUUUCAGCCUGGCUGGACAGCAUGAUGCUCGGGAGCAGCUGCUGAAGAAGUUGGACAGUGUUGCCAUUUCAGGAGAUGAUCGCCUUCACUGGUCUCAGUCAGCAUCAGAUGACUCUGACUCCUUGUCAGUGGAGAUCAGCUCCUAUGUUCUUCUAGCUGUUCUCACUACAGCUGAAGUCACUGCUGCUGAUUUGGGCUAUGCUAACAGGAUUGUCAGCUGGCUGGUGAGGCAACAGAAUCCCUAUGGAGGCUACUCCUCCACCCAGGACACGGUGGUGGCCCUCCAGGCUCUGGCUCUGUAUUCCACCAAAGUGUUCAGCUCUGAUGGCUCCAGCACAGUAACUGUGCAGUCAGCAGAUAAAGAGAGUCAUCACUUUGAUGUGAACCAGGACAAUAAGUUACUGUACCAGGAGAGACCACUACAGGACAUUCCUGGCAAAUACAACGUUUCAGUGAAGGGCUCCGCCUGUGUGUCUGUUCAGGUGGCUCUUUUCUACAAUAUCCCCACCCCUACUGGACCCAGUACAUUAAGUAUCAAGGCUACAACUGAAGGCGAUUGUACAAAACCAUUUGGACAAACUCUGUCCAUCAACUUCAUAGUCACAUAUAAUGGAGCAUUGCAAAGGACUAACAUGGUCAUAGUGGAUGCUAAAGUCUUAUCAGGGUUCACAGCAGACCCCAGUCAUCUGAAAAACAGUCCGCUUGUGGAAAGGGUUGAUUCGCAAGAUGACCAUGUUAUCAUAUAUAUAAAAGAGGUGCCAAAGAAUUCUCCUAUGAAUUAUCAGCUACAUAUUAAACAGGUGCUUCCAGUCAAGAACCUCAAACCAGCUGUGAUCAAAGUCUAUGAUUACUACCAAACAAGUGACCAGUCUGGGGCAGAGUACUCCGCCCUCUGUGUGUGAGCACUCACUGUGGAGCCUCACAGUAUGAGACAUGGAAACACUUUCUGUAUACUAAUGUUAGUUCCUUUACUCAAGCAGAAUGCGUCCUUCUGGUUAAAUAAAUUAGAUCUUCAAGCAA